AUGAAGACUCUGAAUUUCUUUGGGGCGUGUUUUCUUGGCUGUUUGUUUUUCAUGACUUUCGUUCGGUGUGAAGAUACAGUUGAAAUACCCGAAUCUAACACACAGACAGAACCCGUGCUGGAUUCUACACCAAAGGGAGAGAAUCAGCCCCUGGUACCAGACAUUGCAGCGAAGCAGGACUGUCGUUUGAACUCUCUUCAGCUCCAGACUGACUUUAACCUGGCACGAUUUGAAGGAUACUGGUAUACUAUAUCCACUAACCGGUACUGGCUGGCUAUCCCUAGCUGGCUUCGUGUCCGUCAAGCAAAUGUCCAGGUCAACUACCGAUUGCUGUCCGACGGAAGUCUGGAACUCAAAACAGGUGGCGAGUUCGUGUUUCCGUUCUGUGACUACAUGAAAGGGAAAGGUUCUAUCCCUGACAAAACUCAUCCCGAGAAGCUUGAGGUCCAGUUUGACACACUGAUGACGAGGGCUUCGAGGAAGAACCCUUACUGGAUAGCGAGCACAGACUACGACGGGUUUGCCGUCAUUUAUUCGUGUUGGAAAGAGCGGGAAGAUGGCACGUGUCACCCUGACUACACAUACAUGUGGACACUGAACCGGAAACGAGGUGGACACACUCCGGAACAAGAGGAGGAAAUCAAACUUACAGCGGAACGCAUGUGUGUUCCUAUUGAUAAUUUUCAAACAUUUAAUCAGGACGGAAGUUGUAAAUUUGAUCCUGAAAAAUUUCCCUCGGGAGGGUUGGGAUUAAUUCCAUUUCUAGUCAUAGUAGCGAUUUUGUUUACAUUCCUUGGAGUUUUGUUGUGCUGUUGUAGUUCUAAAACUGAUCCUGUAACUGAGGCCAAGAAAAAACAAUAAGUCAUAAAAGUAACAUCUUCUCCUCUCCAUAAGCAGUGUACGAGUAAAAUAUGUUGA